UGUAAAUUGCAUACACCAAUCUGUCGAAUCCGCAACGGCUAUUACGACAGAGUAGCCGCACUAACAUAUCUUCUCUCGUUGCUGAUGCGCUGAGCGCGACUCAUCCAAUGAUUGAUAAAUAUAUCACAGACCCUCAAGAAAGAGCUACCUCGUCCCUGGCUGCCAAGUUUUCCAGAGAAUUUUACGUGCUUUAAAACCCGCAAUAUUAUUAUUUCAACUGAGAAUUUACCGAACUCCAAAUAAUAAUGAGUGGGAUUUGGGUGAAACACAACAUGCUAUGAAAACCGGCCGUGGAAAAUAGUGCUUUGUGAUUUGAGAGUGGAGAAAAAUAGAUUCUUUUUUGUGUGAGUAUUUUGCAAAAAUAUAUUUCAACAAUGAGCGAGUCGAAAAACGGAGAGAAAAAGAAGGUGAAGAUAAAUGAUGACAGAGGAAAUAUUGUGGAAGUCAGUGAAAAACAUGGACCUCUUUUUAAUGCGAUACCCAAAAUGCAUUUAUGUGGUGCUGUCAUCCUUUGCCUUGUAAAUAUCGCAGUUCCAGGCUUUGGAACCCUUAUUUCAGCGUUCACGGUGUUCUGUGGAUGCCCCACGAAGAUUGAGAAAAGAAUGAACGCUUUCCUUCUCAACAUCUUAGCAGCCUUUCUACAAAUGGUGACAUUCAUUAUCAUUGUGGGCUGGAUUUGGAGCAUUCUCUGGGGCAUGAAUUUUGUACAGCUAGCCAUUUCUAAAGGUGAAGAAGACGAAGCAGAAUUUCACAAUCUUGCUGGACCUUACUACGUACGACGUCAGAGCAGUGUCGACGUAGCUCUAACUUAGCCCAACUGGUCGCUGUCCAUAUUGGCUUAUUGACAGCUAUUGCUUGACAUACUUCGGUUAUAAUAAAAGCUGGAACACAUUCCGAUUUCGGAAAUGGGGAUUCAGUUUAAGGGGAAAGUUAUGUGUUCGUCUAACGCAUAUGCAUGAAAAGCCAGACAAUUUGAUGUACGUAACGUGUCAUUUUUGAAAUGGUGCUUCAGUUUUGCUUUUUGUAUAAUUCUUAGCUUGUCUUGUUGACAUUAUUUUAUGUAAUUUUUAUUAAGAUUUAUGUAUAAAAUCUUAUCUCAUUUUUUGCAGGGAAAUAUCAAAUAAAACAUGUUUGUAAAUAUA